CCAAGGUGACGUCAGGCUGGGGCUGGGCUGGAAAAACAUGUAACGGUGUAAAGAUACGCAGCACCCACCCACGGCAUCCUUUACUGAGACUCAAUUCAUCAACAGAGACCAAGUUUUAUAUAUUUGAGUCACUGUUUGUCAGUACAUGAUUGCAGAUUCCUUCUUACAACCACCAAGCACGAAUAAGUUCCCUUCCAUCACAUUGGGACUUUUUGGGCUGGUGGGGAAGGCCUAGUCCCCCACCGCGGUCAGGCCAACCCUACCCACGGACAAACAAGGAGCCAUGAGUACGCCAGGCAAGGCCAGCGGGCUCAAACCCCCCAGCAAAAUAGUCCGUCCAUCUGUGGUGCCAUCAAAGACCUCUCCGACCUCUGGUGCUCCAAAGCCAGUUCCUCCUGAGAAGUCCCCCGGCAGUGUGACCUCCCCUACUCAAGAUGGAAGUACAGACUUCCAGGUCGGAGAGAAGGUCUGGGUCAACGGCAACAAGCCCGGCUACGUGCAGUUUAUCGGGGGCACGCAGUUUGCUCCUGGGCAGUGGGCGGGGAUUGUGCUGGAUGAGCCUAUCGGGAAGAACGAUGGGUCUGUGGCAGGGGUCCGAUAUUUCCAGUGUGAGGAUGGGAAGGGGAUAUUCACGCGGCCUUCAAAGCUAUCCAAGACUGCACUGCCAGAGAAGGAGGCAAAUGGGGGGCAGGCCAGUCCAGCCCCAGCAGCCUCCGCAACAAGCGAGUCUGCACCCGCUGGCACUAACUCAACUGCUCAGGGCACCGGCAUAAAGACAAGUGCUGCACUAAACCGAAUGCUCACAUCCAGCGAGUCGGUGUCUAAUGUCUCAGACACCGAAUCCAUGAAGAAGAGGAGGGAGCUGAGGCUGGGAGACCGUGUGCUGGUUGGUGGUAACAAGGCAGGAGUAGUGCGGUUUCUGGGAGAGGCAGACUUUGCGAAGGGACAGUGGUGUGGAGUGGAACUAGAUGAACCUCUUGGCAAGAAUGAUGGAGCUGUAGCAGGGACCAGAUACUUUCAGUGCAUGCCCAGGUAUGGUCUGUUUGCUCCGGCCCACAAGGUGACACGGAUCGGCUUCCCGUGCACCACACCGACCAAAGCGAAGAGCUCACGGAGGAGGUCCACCCUCAAGAGGAGCCCGAGUGCUUCCUCCAUCAGCUCGCUCAGCUCCGCCACCUCCUCCAUCAGCGGCAAACCCAGCCGAGCGGGACUGCUGACAGAGACAUCUGCUCGGUACGCUCGUAAGAUCUCUGGCACCACAGCGCUGCAGGAGGCUCUGAAGGAGAAGCAGCAGCACAUCGAACAGCUGCUAGCAGAGCGAGACCUGGAGAGAUGUGAGGUGGCGAAGGUUACGAGCCAUGCAGGAGAGAUGCAGCAGGAGAUGGUUGUGCUGAGGAAAGGACGGGAUCAGUAUGCAGUGGAGAUGGAGGCAAAGCUGGAUCAGCUGCGUUCGCUGGUGGAGGCAGCAGAUCGAGACAAAGUGGAGUUGCUCAACCAGCUGGAGGAGGAGAAGAGAAAAGUGGAAGAUCUCCAGUUUAGUGUGGAAGAGGCCUGCAUCACCAGAGGAGACCUAGAGAUGCAGUCCAGACUGGAGCAUGCCCACAUAAAGGAGCUUGAGCAGAGCCUGCUCUUUGAAAAGACCAAAGCUGAAAAACUCCAGAGGGAUUUAGAGGACACUAGGGUGGCCACAGUGUCUGAGCGCUCCAGGAUCAUGGAGCUGGAGAGGGAGGUGGCCGACCUGCAGCUCAGGCUCCGGGCGUCCCAGCAGAAGGAGGACGCUGCGUCUCUGUCCCAGCAACAGAUCAGCAGCCUCAAGGCCCAGGCACUGUCUCAGGAGAAAAAGAUCAGUGAGCUGAGUGUUGACAUAGAGAGCAAACAGAAAGCAAUUCAGUCUGUGCAGCAAGAUAAGAGCUCUCUGGAACAGCAGCUAACCAGCCUGAGACAAAAGCUUGAGACAGCUGAGGAGGAUAACAGGAGGACAGCAAAGACCAUGCAAGAACUGGAGCAGAGUGUGGAGCAGUCAAAGAAAGAAAUCCAAACCCUGAAAGAGGAGAUUCAGUGCAGAGAGAAAGAGCUGACACAGGCUACUGAAAAGUCCGAGAGGACGGCCCUGUCUUUUGAGCAGCUGACCAAUGACAAUAAGACACUGGAGACACAGCUCGAGGCUUUAAAACAGCAGAACUCCAAAUACCAGGAGGAGCUCAGUCUGUCGAAAGAGCGGAGCAGCUCAGAAAACCAGCGAAUCGGAGUCCUCUGCAAGGAAAUUGAGGAGCUGAAGCUGGCCUCCCAGAAGUCUCAGCAUCUCGACGAGCACAAAGACGGCCGUAACAUGCCAGACAUGAAGACCAGAGAAACCAUUUCUAAUCAGGAAACGGAACAGAAAUCCACUGGAGCCUUAAUCUCCGACAAAGACCAGGAACUGGAAACUCUGAGGAAUGAGAUCGCCGUGCUGCGAGGAGAAAACGCCACGGCCAAGACGCUGCAGUCGGCCGUGGAGACGCUGGAGAGAGACAAAGCGCAGCUGCAGAGCCGCGUUCACAGUCUAGAGCAAAGGCUCAUGGGAACGCAGGCCUCCGAGGGAGAAGACAGGGAAGCUCUAUCCUCAGGCGAUGCAGCUCUGGAGCAGCUGAGGGAAGAGAAGGAGUUCGCUGAGGGGCAGAUCAACUUCCUGAACAGCGUGAUCGUUGACCUGCAGCGGAAGAACGAGGAGCUGAAGAUCAAACUGAAGAAGCUCGCUCUGGCUGAGUUUAACGGCAACGACGGGACAGAUGGGUUUGUUGAAGGUGUGCCAAAGCGGGAAAAGAAGGCGACUCCGCGUCUCUUCUGCGAUAUCUGCGACAGCUUUGACCUCCACGAUACCGAGGACUGUCCCACUCAGGCCCAGAGCCCCGACUCCGUACCUCACACCACCUAUCACGGCAACCCGGGCGACGAGAGGCCCUACUGCGACAUCUGCGAGGCCUUCGGACACGCCACCGAGUCCUGCAACGAUGAUCAGACCUUCUAGUAGCUCCAAAAAAAAACUCUUUACCUGCAUUUUGAUUCCUUCCCCUUUUUCUCCUAAAUACAACUCACCUUUUACUCUCCCA